AUGUUCGGAAAUAAAAACAAUGAUAUAAAUGGUAAUAAUAUUAAUAAUGAUAACAAUAAUGUAAAUAUCAAUAGUAGUAAUAAUAAUAAUAAUAAUAAUAAUAAUAAUAAUAAUAAUAAUAGUAAUAGCAAUAAUAACAAUAUGAAUAUUAAUAGUAAUAGUGCAAACAAUAAAAACAGUAAAAGCAAAAACAACAAUAGUAUAUUAAAUAGAUAUCUUUUUACCAAGAAUAAUAGCAGUGCUAGUAAUAGAAUGAAUAGAAAUAGUCCAAUUAUUAAUUUUAGAGGUGAUGGUGGUAGAACUAAAAGAGGAAGUGGUUUUGUUAGUGUAGAGAUGAAUGAUGCUGUAAAUUUUACGAGAACAACAGACGAUUAUGAUGAUUUUGAUGACUAUGAUGAUGAUGAACAACAACCACUUGAAUAUUUACAGAACAGUGAUGGUAGUAUUACAAAAGCAGCUGCACCAACCGAGGAGAGAUCUUCGUUGGGCGAGGUAAUUGCAUCACUCCUACUGUGGUGCUAUUCGGAGCGUGAUACAAAGUGUGCACCCGUUGGUAACUUCCUAUCGAGUGUAUUCGAUCACUAUCACCUAACAAACUACCAAAUCAAUCAACUAUUUGAAUCACAUCCACUCUGUAACUAUAGAUCACACUAUGACAUUGCCAUUGACAGCAGCAGCAACAAUAACAACAACAUCAUCAGUAGUCUAAGUAAAAUCAAUGAAAUCAAUGAAAAUGGUAGUAUUAUCAAUAGUAACAUUAGCAUCAGUCAUAUUGGUAGUAAGAUAGAUGAUCCUACAGCAAACUACACUGAAAUCUAUAAUAAUACAUUCUUGAAAAGAUUAAGUUCAAAUGAAUCUACCGCCAAGAUAUUAUCGGAAAUUAAAUUAUAUUCUUAUAAUUUGGAAAGAGAGAUUAGAGAAUAUCUGAAUAGUGACUUUGAGGAUGACUUUGAAACAUUCAUUGUAGAUAAAGGUCAACAGUUUCAAAUGCAGCUCUCAAAGUUUGUAAAUAAUAUAUAUCUAGACUGGAGGAAAGAGGAUAGAAACAGAAUCAUUGAGUCUGUUGAAUCAAUCAUUUUAAUAAGAUUAUUUGACUUAAUCUGUCCAAUUAAUAAAGAAAAAGACAAUGAAAUUAAAUAUGCUAUCAAUUUCCUUAAAGUAAAACCAAAGGAUUUCCUGGAGUUGGAUCCAGUGCAUUUGAAGAACAUCAAAUGGGAGUCUGCCAUCGUUGAACUCUCACACAUCAAUCUCUAUCAAACGCCGAGAGACAAGAUCAUGUGUCUUCUCAGAUUCUCUCGUAUCAUCUCACAGGGACUUAAAGAAUCUGGAAAGUCAUUCGGUGCCGACGAGUUUAUCAAUUGUUUAGUCUAUGUAGUCAUUCAAACAAAUCCUGCCUAUCUCUAUUCCAAUAUCAAAUAUAUUGAAAUAUUUAGAUCUCAAGAUUUACUAUUGUCGGAGGCAGCAUAUUAUUUCGUAACAUUGUCAUCUGCUAUGACAUUUAUUACAAACAAAUUCCAUGAGAUGUUAUCACAAUCUCAGAUCAAUAGUUUGAGUGUUAGUAGCAGUGGUGUUGUUUCACCAAGAGAUGAAGAUGGCAGUAUGGUUGGUGAGACUUUGGUUAGAACCAACAGUACUAUAUCAUUCAAGUUGGAUAACUAUCCGUCUUUGACAAAAUCAAUAGAAUCGAUUGAAUCCUUGAUGAAUGACUCAACUGUUAGAGAAUCCAACGGUGAAGGUAGUGAUAAUGGGGGAGAUCAACAAUCGGCUAUCUACAAUAACAUUGAAGAUGAACCCAUUCACAAAGAGAUUCAAGAGAAAGGCAUGGAAAUACUUUCAACCGUUGUAAACUUGGCUAUUUCUAAUGGUUAUGAUUCUAGGAUUCGUUCGGGUCUGAUGCGUUUCGCAACCAAGUUGAAUCCUGUGGAAGGUGAGCUAGUGUUGAUCGUCAUGGAGGGUGUCAUCGGUAAGACGCUUGUCGACUCUGUGUCCAACAACAAGUCUAGCACCAUCAAGAAUCUCUUUGAGCGAACCACUUCCAACUAUCGUGGAUUCAAGAUUGGAAUUGCUGCUCUCACUGGUGGAACGUUGUUGGCCAUAGGAGGACUGGUUGCCGCCCCUGUGAUUGGUGCCGCACUCCACUUGAUUGGUGCAACAGCGGUACUCUCUGCUUUGUCGGCAGCGGGAAUAAGUGGAUCCGCUCUGACAUCACUGUUGUUUGGUGCAGCCGGUGCCACCAUCACUGCCGAGCACGUCAAGAAACAUACUUCGGGCAUUGAGGAACUCACCAUCAAAAAGGUAAACGAGACAUUCGGAUUGCAUGUGGUAAUCGGUGCAUUAGGAUGGAUUGAGAAUCCAGCUGAUUCCGGUAAGGAGGACAUGACACUAUGGGAACAGAGUCUGACAUCCGGUGUCAACUGUCUCGGCGAAGUCUACACCGUUGCAUGGGAGACAAAGCUACUCAAUCAACUCUAUGAAUCUCUAAAGAACUACAAGAAACAGGUAGAGGAUAACAGUACAUUUGCCAAGUUCACUUCGAGAAUGCUACACGAUGCUAUCUUGCCGAGUGCCACUAUCUUGGAAGCGGCAUCACUUAUAAAGACAUGCUGGGGAACGGUGAAGGAGAGUGCACAAAAGGCAGGCCAAGUUUUGGCAGAUGAAAUACUGUCAUCCGCUCGUUUUGGAAAGCGACCAAUAACACUGGUGGGUGUCUCCAUGGGCAGUAGUUUGAUAUACUUUUGUUUGUUGGAGCUGAUUGCCAAGAAGGCAUACGGUAUGAUUGAGAAUGUAGUAUUUAUCGGUGCUCCUGUGCCCAGUAAUCUCACGACUUGGGUCAAGAUUAGAAAGAUCGUAUCAGGCAGACUAGUGAAUUGCUACUCACCAGACGACAUACUAUUGCAAUACUGCUACGAAUCCAACAGUAUGCCAGAUGAAAGAAACUAUCUAUCAGCUGGAUUCGCACCGAUUCGUAUCAACAAAGAAGAAGUACAUUCAUUCAGCUCUGUAUUUGGUGAAGGUGUAUUUUCAAGACAAGAUCAUCAAUUAGAUAAACUUUCAAGUAACAACAAUAAUAAUGAUAAUGUAGAGAUGAUAGAAUCAGAUAAAUCAACAGUAGCGACAACUACUACAACCUCUACAAUAACCAAUAGCCCCAACAACAUCACAGAAUCAUUGAUUAAUAGUAAAGUAAUCAAUGAACAACCAGAGGAAUAUAUUAAAUCGGGUAUAAAGAAUUCAAGAGAGAUCCUAAUGUCAUCAAGAGUAUCACCAAAACAAAAACACCAAGAAUAUUCAAACAAGAAAACACAAUAUUAUGUAAAUAUGAUUGAGAAUGUAGAUGUUAGAGCAACUAUAACAUCACAUUUAGAUUACCAAAAAGAGAGUGUCCUUAAAAAGAUUUUCUCUCAUGUAAAUAUUAAUUACUCUGCAGAAUGUAAUCCAUUCCUUGUAUCAGAGAGAAGAUUAUUAAUCAUUCAUAAUCAUAAAGGAUCAAAGGUCCUCCAACAAAGGAGUAAUAAUAAAAGAAAAAGAAAAGUAAUAAUGCCUUCUGGAAACGGUGCUCGUGCUCAACAAAAGAGAGAGAGAAAUCUCAAGAAAGCCGCUGGUGAAUCAAAGGGAAAGAGUCAAUUGAAAACAAAUGAAGCUGCCAAGAGCAUCAUGUGCAACGUUUGCAGAGCUUCAUUCUUGUGUACCACCAAAGAACCAGAGUUAAGACAACACGCCGAGAAUAAACAUGCUGGAAGAGCUUUCGCUGAUUGUUUCCAACUUGGUGCUUAA